CAACGUUUUACCCACGAGACAAUUCGGAUGGGCGGGGCUUGCUGCCAUGGUUACGCCUAAACCAAAAGUUGUGAUUUAUUCACAGGCCGUCUGGCUGUCUGGCUCUCGGUUGCAAGCUCGUUUAUCGGCUCGGGGCUAACUUUGCCGCACUAUGGCCUUCUUCGGUUUAACCCACCUGGGUUAUCAAAACCCAAUAGGCGAUAAAAUGAUAGUGAAUCCCAGAGGACCGUCUCAAUUCUUGGAUGGUGAGAGUAACACCAGAGCAGGACUGCCUCCAUCUCAUCAAGAAGAACAGGGAACCCUCAGAUGUAAUGACACAUGCAGCGUUUACCACCAGCCUCUUCCCUACAGCGCUGACAUACACCAUGGGAGCCAUGAGCGGUACAGAGAGAUGGUCAAACGGGUUCAGACACCCAGGGCCCCCAACCAGCUGUACACAGUGCCUCUAACGGACAGCCAGCAGUAUGGAUGGAUGAUAUCCAGGAGUCCUGAACCGUGGACUCAAGUCAAACGCUUUCCCCGAAAGAACAGUGAGAUGACAAAGUUUGUUAAAGAAAUGUCAGCGACAGACCCGGACUUUAGCCUAUUCUGACAGCCUUUCUUAUUCAGUUAUGACACACACACACACACACACACACACACACACACACACACACACACGCACACACGCACGCAUGCAAAGCAGCAUUAGUUUUGAUGUGCAUUCUGGAGAUUAAAUUAAUAGCAGAGCCACUUUUUUGAUAUUUUUCAUGCUUCAUUUGGAUUCUUUCACUACUGUUUUUUUUUUCUUGCAAUCAAAAAUUUAGUUUUAAUGUAAGCUAAUUUUUUACAUGAGCUAUGAGUAACUCACUACCACUCUAAAACAAUAUUUCUUCAUCCCUUUUAGCUCCCGACUUUUAUAAAGGAAGUAUGGAUGUUUAAAUAUACAGACUUAAGGCUGCUUAUUGGCAAGUAAUUUAGAGCAAUUUUUUGGUGUUAAACAAUCAAUAAAAAUGUACCAACUACCACAUUUUUAUUUUACAAGUCAAGAUCAAGCAGGGUCCAGACCUGCAUGUUCAAAGGCACCACUGGAGUGGUUCAUAUGGAGAGUGAGAUUGCACUGCCCUCUAGAGGAAACAAAAAUAACUACUUUUGAAUUUUGGAGAUAGUGGUCUUCAUGCAAAUAUUCAAAACAGACUUACCAGAUGCACAGCAGAUGCACUGAUUGUCUAAAAUAGAGAGACAUAACAGUUUGGAGACUGUUGUUGUUGUUCAAGGGAUACACAGGAAGUCAAAGAAGAUUAGGGCAUUCUCAGGCUUUACAAGAUUUAAACAAUUACCAUACCCCUCCAAAGUCCCAAAAUGACUUCUUGGACUAAAUGCAGUACCACAAAAGGGGCAGAUUAGUCUGUCAAAAUUCCAAAGGCUGUUUCUUACCAUAACUAGCCUUUAGACGGUGCAAAGUGGCAUGUGUUUAUCAGUGGUACUGCUGGUUCUACAGCUCCGCAACUGGACAAUAUUGGUUUGGUGCUUUUCAUUAGUGACUGUCUUUAUAUGGGUGGUCCAUUCAUGUGGCAACUGGUCCAGCCUCCACAAGUCCAAACAAAGUGGUAACUUUGAAAAAGCCUUAAGUAUUCCUUUUUCACAUUAAAAAUGGCGACUGGUGAACAAGGCAUGUCUUUUUUAUGUUCUUACAUUACUGUCAUCUAACUUUGAGAAUAUCUUUGUUUGCAGGCUUGUGUUGUCUAAUAUGCGUUAUAGUGGGGCUGUUAAACACAUCCAAAACUGAGAUAUUGUUUACUGGUAAUUAUAUGGUCAUUGGAUAGUCAGUAUUGUAAUGUAAAAUUAAAAUCGGCACACUGAGAAUAUCUGUGGAUGCUUUUAAAAUGUAUAAGAAUAUAUACGAUAUAAGUAUGUGUAUGAAGUAUAUGGUGUAAGUAAAUCACUUUCUAUUACUGUAAAAUAACUAUAGUGACAAUACCACAAAUAUUAAGUUAAUGUAAGACAAAGCUCUGUUCCUGCAAGUCGCAGGUAAGAUAGAACUGCAGUACAUCCAACAACAUUAGUAAAUAUAUGAACAUGCAAAACAGCCAUUGAUUUUUUUUUUAUUGAUUUUUUUCGUCAAGGGGAAAUGUUAUUUUUCUCUUUGUCAUAGUCCUCAACUCUCCUUGUCCAAUAACUUUGCAAAAAGACUUUCCUUUCAACUCCUCCAACUCAGGGAAAAUACAAAUAAAACAAAAACAAAUGCUGAAGGAUUCAUCAGGCCUGAGCAAAACACUGUUUCAGUAGUAUGGGGACAACCUUCCUCUUGUCUCUUGUUCCCCCCCAAAACAUCCUGUUAACAAUCAACACAAGUCUAUGGACAGCCAAUAGAAAUAGAAUACAUACAAUGCACAUUUUAUAAACUCAUGUCCAUUCUAUAAACUCUUUGCUUAUAUGAAUCACUCUUCAUUGGUCACAGUUCACUUGAUAGUUGGUGAUCUCCAUUACAUUACUGUUCUCUGGUGCUCCCAACACGCCCCGAGGCCAAUACCAUUACACAGGAGGGGACCAAUAGCACAAGGCUGCGAGAGCUGGCUUUGGUACAAACAUGAUCAACUGUUGGUUGGCAUUGUUGAGUGUGGCGGAGGAGCUAAAUUGCACUGAUUCUCUCAUUUACAAAAGUUGAAGGUGGAAAAACCAAAUUAAUUGCAUUGAUGAGAAUGUUUACUGGAAAUUAUUCUCGACAAGCCCUCAUCCCUUUCUCUCUGUCCAAACAGCAUCCAGGCACUGUUCCUGUUAAGUGUUAUUCUAGGAUUUGUUUCAUAUUAACUUAAGGCAAUCAAACUCAGCUAUUACUUCUACUGAGUGGAGGGGGGAGGUAAUACAAGAAAUAUGUUUAAGUUUAUUCAUUCUGUCCUCUUCACAUAUUGUAACACCAGGUAUGUCAUAUUUUUUACUGCUGAGAAGUGAAUGUGUGGGAGGGAGAGAUCAUCCUAAAGCCUGACCGAGAUUUACAAUACUGCAAUAGUGGCAUAAAUAAAAUAAAAGCACAGUGAAUCAUCUGUAUAUGUGUGUUUACUGCUAUGCUUAUGUGAGCAUCCACCAGCUAAUGCUUAUUACGUACUAUACAUGAUCACACCUAUUGCACACACCAGUUGAAAUACUGUAUUGUACUUUAGGAUUGAACAGCAGAAUUCAUUGGCUGCAGUUGAUCAGUUGGUACCAGUGAGCUUGAGCUAUCCCACUGGCAUUUUACAAGAAAGCGUGCUGGUCUUUGAUCCUUUUCAUUGGAAUGGAAUCAUCAUAAUAAGCAUAAUAAUUAAUCAGAAUCAUCAUAAUAAUAAUAACAUUAAGAAUAUACAAAUGAUGGAUACAGAAGUGAUACAAAAUACCCUACGUUAAAACAAACAGAAAUGAAAACAAGAUACCACAAUCAGACAUGCUUCAAAGCAGUUAUGUUUGGCAAGAAAGCAGUUUUGUUGUAUCAUUAAAAACCUCACAGUGAAAAUAGUUAUGCCCCUUCAGGAUUACAAAGCACAGUAUUCAGUCAAAAUCAAUAUAUAUUUCUUUCCUUCAUCUAUUUCUCCUUCAUAGAAGAAUCAGGCUGUGUGGUACCACUGCAUCCAAAGUUUUCCCCCUGAUGCCUCUGGAUCCAAAUUCCUUCAUUUCCUUUUGCACCAACAAAUACUUCUCUAAAAGGAAGGAGCAGUCGAUGACAAUAUACUGUAAAGGCUGAAACCAGCUGCACACUGGCUGCUCAAGCUCUAAGUAACAUAUCUGACAUGAUAUGAAGGAUGAAGAGGAUCCUAUUCCCAGCUGGGGCUACUUCUAGUCCUCAGAUUAAAAAUAUAGAUUUCAGAUAUCACCUUCAAAUAACAUCCUUAGUCGUCUUUGCUCAUUUUGUUUAGAGGUUGAGGGCAACGUCAUAAUUUAGAGUUAAAGUAAUCAGCUCUUUGCUGCCUGAAUGACAGAUAAAAUAAAUGUACAUAUUUUAUG